AUGCCAUCUGCCACCACUCAAACAAAGAAACUUCUCAUUAUUGGUCCUACAGGUGUUGGAAAGUCAACAAUUAUCAACCAAAUAACCAAUUCUUCUCUUACAAUUGGAGAUACUUCUGCUCAUGCCAAUAUUUCUAGUGUCAACUGUUCAUACAAUGGAAUAGAAUAUGAAUUAUUCGAUAUUUUGGGCUGGUUUGCAGCUGAGAGUGAAUCCAUCACUGACCAAGUUGUUACCACCUUCAAUGCCUACAAACAAUUAAAACAAACCAUUCAAAAAUUAGAUUUUGGAAUUCACAUGUUAAUUUGUGUUAUUUCCGAUAAGAAAGUUACAAAGAAUGAUGUGGCAACUAUUCAACUCAUCUAUGAACAUGUAUUUUCACGACAAAUACCACUUGUUCUUAUUGUAAAUAACAAACAUUACAAAUUAACAAAUAGUUCUUCCAUUGGUUGGAUUGAAAAACAUGAAAAGGAAAUUAGUGAAACAUUUGGAAACAUUUUUGUUGGAAAAUACGAAAUGGCUUUCCCAAAGCUUACACCACUUCAACAAACUGCACAAGAUUCUGAGGAAAUAUUGAAGGAAAAGGAAAGAGUUUCAACAAAUUCCAAGACCACUUUCUUUGAGAAGGUUUUAACACACUCCUUGCAAGAAGGUGUUAAGAAUGAAGCAAGUACUAUUAGUACAUCACCAACAUCUCCAAGAAAAUCAUCUCCUCUUGUUGAAAUUGUGAAAUUAUGUGAAAAGGUCAAUUCAAAACAAGCUCAAAAAGAAAUUUCCUCAGCUCUUCAAAAUCUCUACCACAUUCCAGAACAGCAAGCACUAAAGGAAGCUGAGCAAAUUAUCAAGGAAUGCAACAUUUCACACUAA